GGAUUGUUCCCGCGACUGAAUACAUCUCGGUAUACAUGGUUGCCUCCUCCGUGCGUUAGUUCAUCGAACCAGCUUUACAUCACCCACCGUGAAUAUGCUAGCGCUCGCGCUCACGGCAUUCGCUGGACUGGCCGUCCUCGGUGUGUCUGCAGCGCCACAGGCCCGAGCUACCUCUGACCCCUCGUGCCCGGUCCUCUACACCCCGACAACCACCGAGACGAUCUCGAUCAUCGCGCCGACCUACACGGGGCCCUACUCGACAGCCACUUUGACCGAGACGUUGUACAGCUUCCCGAUCGCCACCUCUACGACAUAGUGGGACAACAUAUAUGGAGAGGCAUACACUCAGGCGUGGACAUACACGGAUAGCCGCAACGACCCGCCGUACCCUUCUUCGCU